AGAUCCGACCCCCCGAACUUCAUUCAAGGCGUUCGCUCGGCAUGUCGUCCGUUUAAAGCAAAAGCGGCAUCGACGGAUCUGAAGGUUAUAGCAGCAAACAUCCCGAGGCCGAUCACUCCGAAGGAUAUAACACUUUUCGUGAUUCCGUAGACUCUGAGCAGUUCCGUCUUAAUGCCGAUUAACCGUCAAAUUAUCGAACCUCCAUGCACAACAACGUCGUGAUGUUAUCGCCGUCCUCAAUUCUCAGUCUUCUCAUGCAGCAAAUGAGCCUUUUUUCCCUUUCUUUUUUUAACCAUCUUACACACCCACCCCCGACAUUUCCGUACAUGUACACAUUCAUCCGUCUAACCAGAAAACGGUUGCGCCCAUGAGCUAUGCAGCCAUAUGUCAUAGGUCCCCGCGCGCCAACUCCAACGUUAGUUAGCUUCACCUCGAGUGCUGCAAGGGAUGACGUUUUCUCAUGCGUCAAGGGUUUUCUGUGCUCCCUUUAUUAACAAGGUCAGAGCGGUGACAGGAGCCACACCGAAAAAAAAAAAAAAGAAAAAUCACAAGAAAAAUGCUUAAAUCAUGACCCAGAAUGUUGGAAGGGGAGAACAAAAAAGAAAAAAAGAAAUGGACCUCAUGUUGGUUUUUCUGGUGGAGAACUAAACGCACGGGAGAUCAUCACAAAAGAUCAGAUAUUCUCCAUUUGAGGCUCAAGAUCCCCGAGAUCGUAAACUCAAAAGUAGUAAAAACAAGCACGUAUUUAGAAACAGAACAACAAGAACAUGGAUCAAAGGGGUUCUUUCUCCCUUCCGUGCAAUUCCCUUGCACAAACACGUACACACCAUCAAAACAUGCAUCUUCCUGCAAAGACCCUGCGAAUGCCCUCACUCGAGAAAGACCCACCCCCUUUCGUCAUCCCGCCCUCUGACCUCAUCGUGUAGGCCACCACGGCAUGACGUUACGUUAUCGAGCAGACCCAAAAACAGGGCGGUCUAUUAAAAACAACACUGACAUGGGUGCGUGACGUCGCUUGUGAGGGGAAAAACUGUCAAACGGUUUGCUUUUGCGGUAUUUGACAUGGGCUAUUUUGGCGAAACGGUUACCAAGCGGGAAUAGACUGAGGUGUGUGAGGAUGAUGUACAUGAAGAUCAGAAAACCCUUACAAUGAGCGAAACGGUGAUGCUGUGGUGUAUGUGUAACUCGACUUAUUUUGAUCAUUAUAGGGCUGUCUUGUGCACCUGGCGGUCAAUGGGGGAGCUUCUAUGCUGCUUCUAGGAAUAUUCGAUUUCUGAUUACCAAUA